AUGUCCAUAUGUCUAGAGAAAAUUAGUUAUUUGGGUGUAGGUGUUAGUCUUGGAACAGUUCCAGUAUACCAUAGCACAAACCUGAAAUUGUUGGAUAAGAGGAUCAAGAUAGCUGAUUUGGUGUUAAAGUUUAUGAUUCUUGGUCUUGGAGUUGUUGCAGCUGUUCUUAUUAGAACUGAUUCACAAGUGAAGGUGUUUUUCUCCUUUGAGAAGAAAGCUAAAUUCACUGAUGUUAAGGCUUUGAUAUUCUUGGUUGUUGCUAAUGGUUUGGCUGCUGGAUACUCUUUUAUUCAAGGAUUCCGUUGUGUUGUGAGUUUGGUUAGGGGAAGUAUUCUCUUCAACAAGCCUUUAGCUUGGGCCAUUUUCUCUGCAGAUCAAUUUGUGCGUUUUCACUUUCUUCUAAAUCUAUAUGAAUUUCCUCUUGUUUUAGCUCCAAUGCUUUUGGCAUAUGGUUAUGCUUAUUGA